GAUAAACCUGAUGCAAAGGUUCGAAUCAUACCCUUAGAGUUACAGCGGCUGUUUGCUCAGCUUCUGCUCUUGGACCAGGAAGCUGCAUCCACAGCCGACCUCACAGACAGCUUUGGGUGGACCAGCAAUGAGGAAAUGAGGCAACAUGAUGUGCAGGAACUGAAUCGAAUUCUCUUUAGUGCUUUGGAAACUUCUUUAGUCGGGACCUCCGGCCACGACCUCAUCAAUCGUCUCUAUCACGGAACCACUGUUAACCAGAUUGUUUGUAAAGAAUGUAAGAAUGUCAGUGAAAAGCAGGAAGACUUCUUAGAUCUAACAGUAACGGUCAAAAAUGUGUCAGGUUUGGAAGAUGCUCUCUGGAACAUGUAUGUAGAAGAGGAAGUUUUUGACUCUGACAACUUAUACCACUGUGGAACUUGUGACAGGCUGGUUAAAGCGGCGAAGUCAGCCAAAUUACGUAAGCUGCCUCCCUUUCUUACUGUUUCGUUGUUAAGAUUUAAUUUUGAUUUUGUGAAGUGUGAACGAUACAAGGAAACUAGCUGUUAUACCUUCCCUCUCCGGAUCAAUCUCAAGCCUUUUUGUGAACAGAGUGAAUUAGAUGAUUUGGAAUAUAUAUAUGACCUCUUCUCAGUUAUUAUACACAAAGGUGGUUGCUAUGGAGGACAUUAUCAUGUGUAUAUUAAAGAUGUUGAUCAUUUGGGAAACUGGCAGUUUCAAGAGGAAAAAAGUAAACCAGAUGUGAAUUUGAAAGACCUUCAGAAUGAAGAAGAGAUUGAUGAUCCACUGAUGAUUCUAAAAACAAUCUUAUUACAGUUCUUACAGCUUCAUUCUCAGACAUUUCUACUCAGUUCAGAUGAAAGUACAGUUCGUCUCUUGAAGAACUCUUCUCUCCAGGCUGAGCCUGAUUUCCAAAGGAAUGAUCAACAAAUUUUCAAGACCCUUCCUUCAGAAUCCCCAGGAUUCAAUGGUAGAACGUCCUGUCCCCACUGGUUUGAUAUAAAUGAUUCCAAAGUCCAACCGAUCAAGGAAAAGGAUAUUCAACAGCAGUUUCAGGGUAAAGAAAGUGCCUACAUGUUGUUUUAUCGGAAAUCCCAGUUGCAGAGACCCCCUGAAGCUCGAGGUAAUCCGAGAUACAGGGUUCCACGUCAUUUGCUGAGUGAAAUGGAUGCAACCAACAUUGAACUGCAAACAAAAAGGGCAGAAUGUGAUUCUACAGAAAAUAAUUUUGAAUUGCAUCUCCACCUGGGCCCUCAUUAUCAUUUCUUCAACGGGGCUCUGCACCCAGUAGGCUCUCAAACAGAAAGCGUGUGGGAUUUGACCUUUGAUAAAAGAAAAACUUUAGGAGACCUUCGACAAUCAAUAUUUCAGCUGUUAGAAUUUUGGGAAGGCGAUAUGGUUCUUAGUGUUGCAAAGCUUUUACCAGCAGGACUUCACGUUUACCAGACGCUUGAUGGAGACAGCCUAACACUGAGUGAAAUUGAACUUGCUGAUGGGGAAGACAUCUUUGUAUGGAAUGGGGUGGAGGUUGGUGGAAUCCAGAUUCCAACUGGUAGUGACUGUGAACCUCUGCUUUUAAAUGUUCUUCAUCUAGCAACGAGCAGUGAAGGAGAAAAGUGUCAGCAGUUGAUAGAAUUUCCACAUGUCUUUCCAUCGAAUGCAGAAGUAGGCACUGUAUUCACAUCUUUAGCAAUCCCAGGAGGUGUCGUCUUAAUCAACAAUACUGAAUCUAUAGGAGAAAAGAACUGGACCACCAUUCCCAAGGUAGACUUGAAGAAGACAUUCAGAGAACAAGGUCUCAGAAACGGAAGCUCAAUUUUAAUUCGGGAUUCUAAUCAUGAUAACAGUUGGUUGACCAAACAAGAGAAAUGGAUCACUAGUAUGAAUGAGAUUGACUGGCUCCAAGUUAAAAAUUUAUGCGAAUUAGAAUCUGAAGAGGAGCAAGUUAAAAUAUCAACAACUGUUAACACAGUGGUGUUUGAUAUUCGAAUUAAAGCCAUACAGGAAUUAAAAUUAAUGAAGGAACUAGCUGAGAACAGCUGUUUGAGACCUAUUGAUAGAAACGGGAAGCUGCUUUGUCCAGUCCCAGACAAUUAUACUUUGAAGGAAGCAGGACUGAAGAUGGGGAGUUCCCUGGGGCUGUGUCCUGGAAGAGCACCGACUUCCUCCCAGCUGUUCCUGUUUUUCGCCGUGGGGAGUGAUGUUCAGCCUGGGACAGAGAUGGAGAUCAUAGUAGAAGAAACGCUAUCUGUGAGAGAUUGUUUAAAGAUAAUGCUGGAGAAAUCUGGCCUACUAGGAGACGCAUGGCAUUUACGAAAAAUGGAUUGGUGCUAUGAAGCUGGGGAGCCUUUAUGUGACGAAGAUGCAACACUGAAAGAGCUUACGAUAUGUUCUGGAGAUACUUUGCUUUUAAUUGAAGGAAAACUUCCUCCUCUGGGUUUCCUGACGGUGCCCAUCUGGUGGUACCAGCCUCAGCAUCCCUCGGGUCACUGGAAGAGUCAUCAGGACCGGAGGAACUGUACCCCUUCUCAAGGUGGGAUCUGGAGAGCUAUUUCCUCCCAAGGUGCUCCUGGUGACGCACAUGCAGAAGUCUCCCUCCACUACUUGGGAGACAUUGACAUCUCAGAAGAUGCCACCUUGAUGGAGCUGAAGUCUCAGGCCAUGACCUUGCCCUCCUUCUCGGAGUUUGUCAUCCCAUCCCCAGCCUUCCUCAGAGCCUGGACGGUGGAAAGUAAGCGCCCCAGCAGGCUCUUACGAGCUGACCAGCAGCAGCUCAAGGAAUAUAAACUGGGCAGGAGAACUGAGAUCUGCUUAGAGCCCCUUCAGAAAGAAGAAAACUUGGGCCCCCAGGACGUGCUGCUGAGGACGCAGAUGCGCCUCCCUGGCGAGAGGGCAUACGCCCUGCCCAUGGACAUGGUGUGGGAUGCUGUCCGAGGCUGGACUGCUGGCUCCCUGAGGCAGCGAGUUGCUGAUUUCUAUUCUCUUCCUGUGGAAAAAAUUGAAAUUGCCAAAUACUUUCCUGAAAAGUUUGAAUGGCUUCCAAUAUCUAGCUGGAACCAGCAAAUUACUAAGAGGAAAAAGAAGAAAAAGCAAGAUAAUUUGCAGGGGGCGCCUUAUCACUUGAAAGAUGGCGAUACUAUUGGUGUUAAGAAUCUCCUGGCUGAAGAUGAUGAUGAUUUCAGUACAGUCACGGAUGACAUUGGAAAAGAAAAACAGAAACAGCUGGCUCUGGGCAAAAGGAAAAGCCAAGAAGCCCUGCGUGUCCAGAGCAGCCAUGUUUUCUCUGGUGCAGAGACGCCUGCCCGGCCCCGUGGACCAGAAGCUUCUCUCUCCAUCCACGUUGGGAGUUUCAGGUAGCACAGAUAGCUGCCGACGUCCCUGUGGGCACAGCACCCAGGCAGUGCUGCUACCGGAGCAGCCAUUGUCCCUGGGGCCUGGCGGGGCCUCAUUGGCUGCCACGCAGGGCCUUGGGCUCCUCCCACAAUCCACCAGUCGGCUCCAGGAGAGCAGGUUUGUUGGUUUUCUACCUUGUGCUGACACAGACUCCAGUCCUCUGCUUUAUUUCGAGCAAAGGGAUGGUUCAUUCCAGGCCAGGAGAGCACCCUUUGUUACUCGGCUAUGCAGCCCGUCCCCUGGGGGCUGGCACAGGCCUGGCGACACCCUACAGGUGCCAGUCCGACAUUGCCCUCCCACCACACUUGACCCCAACCGCUAUUUUUAUCGGAAAACUUACAGUGCAUUGACAGCAGCAUGGGUCAAAGGGCACGUCGCUAACCUCUGACACGUCUGCCGUUGGAAAUACUCGUGUUCCAUUCUCUGCUCUUACACUGUUCAGAUGACUCUGGUAUCCGUGUUGACUAAGGUUGGCACCGCUCGACUCCCACUGGGCAUCUGGCCAGGCUCCCGCCAUGACAUAAGGGGCGUCCCCACACAGCACACGCUCCCCUCUUUGGUCUGAGUUAAAACUAUGGUUCUGAGUAGCAUGAGCUGUCUUUCGGAAUGAGGAGACAGAUGGACAUCCUCUCGAGCUACGUGUUUGCUGCUAAAGAGAGAAAAGCCUCUGCUGGCUGCGACGCGGCGGCCCAGCAGCCCUGAGGAGCUAGCUGACUGUGCUAUCGGCUCAGAAGAUUCUGGCUGCUGCUGCUGCCGCCGCCGCCACAGACCCCGCAGCUGCCUCAUGUCUGGAAGUGUGGUGUGAGGCAGGGUCGUGGCAGACGGGCCUGGCGUGGGCUGACAGUAUGAGUAGCCUCAGAAAAGAUAGAUGAAAAUGUCAACUGAGAUUGUUCUCGUCAUUCGGCAUGGCUAACUAUCAAAUGUAAGUGGUUAUUUAUGACAGAACAUCUGUCAUAUCACUGACUUGACUGAUUUAGGACACACAUGAUCCAAUUUCUCAGAGUCUGACUCAGUUGAAAGCAGGAUUCCUGAGAAAAUGUAAUAAAUUCAUCCUUACCUCAAAUGAAGCUCUGUAGCAACUCUCUUGCUAAGUGUGGUUAUCAUCUUGAUUUCACACAAUUUCUCAUCAGCCCUUUUAGCUUUGAUGUUAAAAUAGCACUCAAAUAUUAGGAGAUGCAAAGAAAGUGACAGACAUGGCCCGGGGUCCGGGCCUGCCCCCUGGCCUGGCGAGGUCGGGUGCCCGUUGUCGCGCCACGCUGCCUUUCACAGAGCCUGAUGCCCAGCGGCCUGGCCUCCGUCCUCCUCCAGCGCUGGGCGGAGCCGUGUCGGAAACCCCAGCGCCUCCGGGGUCCGUCUGGGAGGCUGAUCACAGAUGACGCGCUCCUCUGCGCCGAGGCCGCCGCCCUGUACGGCACUGCACUUGGACUGGCGAGCUGCCUUCAGCUUCUCAGACCGGGCUCGGCCCAGGAGCCUCGAGCGUGGGCUCGGGACUGUGUCCGGAGAGGGACCUUGCGUGAUGUUUGAUGACACCGAACUGGAAGGCUCUGAGGAGCUGCGGCCGGAAGCCCAGGCCCUGGGUGUAAGCCCUUCUGUUCCUUGUACUCUAACUGACGUCUCUCCCUGGGAUGCCCCCUCAUUCACUUUAAGGUAACGAAACAAUAUAAUACUGAAAAGCUUUGCUUUUGAGAAGCCAGAGGCCUCGGUGGAUGGGACUUGCCAGGACGAGUGCGGGGAGAAUGUGCCUUACAGGGCCCCGCAGGGAGGCCCGCUGCGGCCUGGGGCCCCCGGAAGGGCUCUGCUUGUGGCCCCCUCCUGCCUUCCCAGUUUGUUUUUUUUUUUGAUUCAGGUGUGGAGUGCGGCCACUGGGAGAGAGCUGUGAGAUUUUGUUAGAAAGAAGCCACUUCCAUUGCAGUCUUGCGUUUGCAUUGUGCGCUGACAGCUUCACGGUCUACUUGGCCUCUUCUCCCAAGCGAACUUCAGAUGCUAAAUAAACACGGUUUAUAUUUAGAAAUACUGCAUCAGUGCUGCUGUAGGAAUAACAGAAGUAUGUUUUGAUUUUAAAUAAAUUCAGACUCAUGGGAAAAGUUGUCUUGGAA